GUUAGUUUAGAUUGGCUACAUCUACAUGACUUUCGAGUAGAAGGUGAAAAAUCCAUGUGCAUGUAUAUUGGAUUACUCAAUCAGUGAUUUUUUCUUCUCAACAGGUAAGGUAAUGGAAGGAGCAGGACAGGCCCCCCAGGAAGCAAAAUCAUUUGAAUCUAUGGAUGACGAGACAAUUGAGGAAAUAGAAAGAGCAGGACAGAUCUGUGAGGAAGCAAAAUCAUCUGAAUCAAUCAAUAAGGAGAGAAUUGAGGAAAUAGAAAGAGUAGGACAUACCUGUGAGGAAGAGGAAGCAAAAUCAUCUGAAUAUAUCGAUGAGGAGAAAAUAGGACAGACCUGUGAGGAAGAGGAAGCAAAAUCAUCUGAAUAUAUCGAUGAGGAGAAAAUAGAUUACAACAUUGAAACAACCACGGAUGACGAUCUUGGUAACCCUAUCAAAAGAGCAAAGUGUUCAGAAUCACCUACAUUCUCAACAUCAUCUCUGGUUUCUGAAUGUCCAGAAACAAUUAGUUCAGAAGUAGAAAAUCAGUCAGCAUUGUCUCCAGUUUCUCAAUUGAUGAAUGAAGAAACAAUUUCAGCACAUGAUGAUGAGCAAAUAUUUUCAGAAGAUGGUGAGAAGCAACAAGAAACUAAACACAUAAUUAAUAGUAUAACAUAUGAUUAUCUCCCACAAGAUUAUAUAUUGACCGAUCUGGAUUUAUCUGCUCAUUGUGUUAUACAAUACUCUAAUGAAGACGAUAUACUCGUGAUGAUAGAUGAUAUAUAUAUCAAACAACGAUAUCUGGUGUGCCUGCUAGAUGGAAACAAAUGGCUAGACGAUGAAGUAAUCAGCGCAUACAUAUGUUGUUUAAAGGAGCAAGCACAACUUCUUAAUCAGAAUAAGGCUAAAGUAUAUUUUGAGAAUCCAUUUGUUACCAGGCUAUUGAAACAAGAUGGUGAAAGUGGAAUAGGUGGACCUACCGGUUUGACAACGGUUGUCAAAAACUAUCUGGACCAUGACAUGAUCCAUCUUCCAAUAAACAUUAAAAACUCGCAUUGGUAUUUAGCCUCUGUUAAUUUUGACAAGUCUGAGAUACAAGUACACGACUCCUUGUGUUGGAAACACAGUCGAGCUGAUCUCAUUCUUACGCUGAAAGGACUGCAAUACCAUCUAAACAUUCUAAAAGGACAAGAAGUUUUGAGUGAUCGUCAUAAAUGGAAAGACAUCGAUUUUACUAAAUGGAAAAUUACAGAACAGCUCCAAAACCCGAUCCAGAAAGAUAGCUCAUCUUGUGGUCUAUUUCUCCUUAAAUUUAUGGAAUAUUGGACCGGACAUACACUGUCCCAUCCAAUUACACAGGAAAUUAUUACUUCUUUUAGAUUUAAGUUAGCAGCAGUACUAUUAUGCUGGAAAAACAACAGGGCACCACCGACUACAUCGGUUGAAGAAAGUGAAGAAAGUGACGGAGAUCCAAGUGAUGUUAUAAUGUCAGAAAUUCCAUUUGAUCAAAAAAAAUCAAAAGAACUGAGCUCAUUAUCUCCUGAAAACAAAUACCAGUCGCUGAUGUCUAUUCUUUCUAACUUGAGAUUACAUGAGUUAGUAGGUGGACUUUGUAACUACAUCAAAUCAAUAAAUUCUGCAGAAGCUUUAGAGUAA